UCGGAUACAGUAAUCCAGUGUGUAAAAAAAAAAUGGACAGUUUGAGUUCAAACUGUAGCCUCUAUAUGCUACAGAUGAUAUAUUUACCAUCUAUAAACAAUAAAUCAAGCUGUACAGAUUAAGGUCAGGUUGUAUCUCUAUCGAGAUUUGGUCAGGAUUAACUUCAGACAUGCUUAUGACUCAUUGCCUGUUGUAUAGAACUAUGCUUCUAGCUCGUGUUAACUGACCGGAUCGCUGCUUGAUUCCAUCGUCAAUAUCCUUCUCAUGCAAGCUUCACUAACCCCGCCAUCUCCUUUAUUCCCUAUAUUUCGCGUCGGGCUACAAAUCUUUAUAUUCAAAACCUGUUACAAUUGUUGUUCGUAGUGAUGAUGAUGCGGCCGACCUACUUUAAUAAUUCUUACAAAGUUGUUUCCGAUUUCUUGUUCAAGAUUCAGCAUGGCAGAAACAAAGGCUGGGGUGGGGAUAAAUCUGACCUUACACCCCUUUCCUGGUAAGAGAAACCACCGAGGGUCUCGUUCUUAGGACGAUCUCAUUAUAUAUUUACAAACAUGCUUCUGUAUAUACAUAUAUAUAUGAAAGGGAUGACUGUUGUGAGAGGGGAGGUAAUUAUUAAACAUUAGUAUGCAACAUAAAACUGAUAUCUGUAUACGGUUAAUAUGUGACCCUAGUUAACUCCCCUGAUUAGCUUUCUUCUGUUUACUGAAGUUAGAAACAUCCCAGACAUUAUAUCCUUAUAUUAUCUGAGAUCCCAGGGGAACUUCAUUCAAAUUAGAAAUGUAGAAAAUUACUUUAUAUUCUUAUACAUCGGCUAAAUUAAGAUAAAAACUGCUUCAUCUAUUCACACCUAUCUGCUGGUUUCAAUUGCCAUUCAUGUUCUUUCUUAAUUGCCAAGGGAAACUGGUUUGUUGUCUGAAUGUCUCAGACGUACAGAAUUAUUGACUUUUGAGAAAGUAAAUUGCUAUAGCAAGACCGUUUGUCUCCCUCUGCAUCCUCCAGCACUAUGUUACCUGUUAAGUACAUGGCAUUUAUUGUCUGACUCCUGCCCUUAUAUUGACUGUCUUUAUUGCAACAAGAACAUUUUCACAUUGCAACGAUGGAGUACAGUGGGGACAGUCAAGAUGAGGGUCUGUUGGAUGUGAAACCAUUCCAUCAGGAUGAGGCAUUUUCUGAGAAUAACACCAGACAGACACAUUCAGAUGUGAAACCAUUCAACUGUGACACAGAAAGUCAGUCUGUUUCUCACAAUAGCCAGUUGUCUACUGGAAAAGAAAUUCACUCAGAAGAGGAAGAGUCCAACCAUGAAAGUUUGGGUGAGUAUAAAGAAGUCCAGUUGACCAUGAGCAACAAAGAGAGUCAGUCAAAGGAAAGUACCAACCAUUGCGAGUUAUGUGGGAAAACAUUUUCUCUUAAAAGUGAUAUCACUCAACAUAAAUGUCUAAAUACAAAAGUGAAGAUUCAUCAGUGUAAAGUUUGCGAGAAAACUUUCUCUCAUCGUAGUGCUUUAUCCAUUCACAGACGGAUUCACACUGGGGAGAGACCCUUUGUCUGUGAGUUUUGUGGUAAAGCAUUCUCUCAGAGUGCUCAUUUGACUAAGCACCUCCGUGUCCAUGCAGCAGAGAGACCUUAUACCUGUGACAUUUGCAAUGAAUCUUUUUCACUAAAUUCUGAUCUGUCUCUGCACAAAGCAAGCCACACUGAAGAGAAACCAUUUCACUGUGAAAUGUGCGAUAAGUCUUUCUCUCUAAAACGGUCUUAUCUCCGCCAUAAGCAUAAUCAUGAUAAAGAGAAGGAAUUCACUUGUGACAUUUGUAACAAGACAUUUGCCUGGAGCAGCCAACUGGCUGCUCACAAACGCAUACACACUGGUGAGCGACCUUACAAUUGUGACGUGUGUGGCAAAACAUUCUCUCAUAGCAGUUCAUUAGCCACCCACCAGAUGAUUCAUACUGGAGUCAAACCAUAUGCCUGUGACAUUUGUGGUAAGAAAUUCUCAAAAAAUACAUAUUUAUCUCGUCACAGUCGAAUUCACACGGGUGAGAAACCUUACAACUGUGACAUUUGUGGCAAAACCUUUUCACAAAACGGGUCCCUAACAACCCACAAAUUAACACACACUGGCGAGAAACCAUUUCGUUGCGAAAUUUGUGGCAAAGGGUUCUUUCGAAACAGCUAUUUAUCUACACACGUGCGUACACACACAGGAGAGAAACCGUACCACUGUGACAUCUGUGGCAAAGCAUUCUCCCGAAAGGGUGGUUUAUCUACCCACCAAGUGACUCACUCUUCAGAGAAGCCAUACGUCUGUGAGUUUUGUGGUAAUGCUUUCUCAAACAUUUACAAUUUGAUUAGACACAAACUGACCCAUACUGGUAUAAAGCCUUAUCGUUGUGAGAUCUGUGGCAAAGGUUUCUAUCGAAAUAAUCAUUUAUCUAUUCAUGUACGCAUCCAUACCGGGGAGCGGCCCUACGCUUGUGAAAUCUGUGGUAAAACAUUCUCAGACAAAAGUUCAUUUCGGGGCCACAAACUAACACAUUCUACUGAAAAACCAUUCUCCUGUGAUGUAUGUGGCAAAGCUUUUUCUCAAAAUCGUGUUCUAAUUUGCCAUAAACGUAUUCACACAGGGGAGAAGCCUUACCAUUGCGAUAUAUGUGGGAAAACGUUUGCCCAAAACAGUAUGUUGAAGUGUCAUAGGCGGACCCACACAGGUGAGAAAGCAUUUGAAUGUGAUUUUUGUGGUAGGAAAUUUGCACAGAGAAAUGCAUUAGUUUAUCAUAAACGUAUGCAUACUGGUGAGAAACCAUACCAUUGUGACAUUUGCGGUAAAAGUUUUGCACGAAGUGGUGCUUUGACUACUCAUCAAAUUACUCACAGUGGAGUUAAGCCAUAUGUGUGUGACCUUUGUGGCAAAGCAUUUGCACGUUAUGACACCUUAGCUCGGCACAUACUGACUCACACAGAGAGAGCACCAUAUUACUGCGACGUCUGUGGUAAGUCCUUUACCCAGAAUAGCAAUUUAUCUCGCCACAAACAGACUCACACAAAGAACCAGUCAUUAGCUAAUCAGCCAGCAGCUCACCAGCAAGUAACUAACCAGCCAGUUGAUGACCAACUUGUCGGGGACCAGCUGUUGGAUAACCAGUCACCAGCUAACCAGCCAUCGGUUGAUCAAGCAUUAACUAACCAGCGGUCAGAUAACCGAGCAUUAACUACUGUAAAGAUUGAGACGAAUAAUAGUGAGGAAACUGUACAGUAAUCACGGAUGUUGUUUGAGGAAAUACUGGUGAUAUUGGUGGUAAACCAUCCUAUUGGAGUCCUGUUGGAACAAUUUACCAUUUCAUGUUCUGUGAAAGUUUUACUAAGCUGUUGUUAAUGCAAUCUUCCCAAGCUACAACCUAGUUCACUGACAAAGGAAGAAUAUUAUUUGGAAAUAUGCAUUUCCAUGGAAUCGAUCUUUUGAUGAAGAUUUAGAUCUACUUUUUAAUUUAUUGAUAUAACAGGAGAAAUCCUCUGCCAAUGAAAAUUGUAGUGAAGUUCUCAAGAAUUUUACAAAUUUUACAAUGAAGAGUGACCAAACCAAAGUAAAAUUUUUGGUAAAAUAAAUUUAUUGAUAUAUGUUCAUAAAAUUGUCUGAAAAAAAGUUAAUAUGCUAUUAGCCACAAAUUGACUGAUAUAUUUAUUAGAAAGUGAACAAAUGUUGAAGUCUUUAUCUAAAAAAAAAUAUACCUUAUUUAAUUCACAUAGCUGUGGAAUUAUAAUUGGAAAAGUUACAGAAAUUGAAUGACAGUUUUCUUAUGAAUGUUAACCUGCCAAGUCAUAAGGUUUAUGGCCCUGUAGGGUGACUCAGUAAGAUACCAAUUUCAAACUAGUGGCCCAGAUUUUCACUUAUUGAUUCUGUGUCACAUUCUAGGAUCCAAGAUCACUUGGUACCACCACCACCACCACUACUACUACUACUACCUCUAAUAAUGAACAAUGCACAGUAAAUUCAGAUAAGACCAUAUUGCUAGGUCUGAUUUGGCUUUCUCUCUCUCUUAUAGACAUAAAGUUGCUUUAUUUAACCUAUAAUCAAAGACAUUCUUGCCAUGACCAACUUGUCUCUGCAAACCUAGUUUACAUCAGAGGUGUGAAUACAUUGUGAUAUGGCAUUCAUCUGUUUUUUAAAAAAUGGUAAAGGUGGGAUUUGAAAAAGAUUUGGCUGCUAUUAAAGUCAGAUGAUCAUGUAGGGGAUCCUUCAGUAGUUUUUGGAUUGUGAUAGUCAUUUCCGUAAAUAGUCAAAGACAAGGAGACCUGUUUCUUUACCAUCUCUGUGUCUUCCGCUUCCUUCCCUUGACUGCUACAGUCUGCUUGAAGGAAGCUGUUGUUGUGAUUCUAUGGAAGUGGCAUUUGUGUUGUUAUGCAAGUAGUGUUUGUACCUUGCUUUGGAGGUGUUUUUUUAAAUUUUCUACUGUUAAUGAUAUUCUGUUGUUGGCCUACAGCUUGCCUCAUUAUAUUUGAUAGUCAAUGAGAUAUUAACAAAUGUUUGCAUGUUACUGUUGAAACUAUCACCAGAAGAUGAAUUACAUUAACAUAGCUUCACUAAAACUUGAGAGGAGAUUUCAAUGCCAAAUGAACCCCUUGUAAUGAAUCUCAUAUAUUGUUUGAUGAAUAUAGGUAUAAGUCUGUAGUGUAAAAGUUUAUUAAUGAAUUUGGAUAUAUUGCUUAGUAAAUAAAGUGCAAGUUAGCAUAGUGGUUUUCAAACUGAAAUUUGUCUAUCCUGUCAAGUCUGUAAAGCAUCUUAAUUUUAUAAAACAUGGCUACUUGUCUGUCUUCUGUCUUGUUUUCAAUCUUCACAGUCCCUGAUUUAUGAGAAACACUGACUUAGUGGCAGACAGUUUAGUAACCAAUCUGACAUGGUGUAAUAAAUAAAAUGCAAGUGUGAGUUAAUGGUGGACAGUUUAGUGAUAAGUUGGUUGUUUGUGAUUUAUUGAGGAAUUGGUCAGAAAGUGGAAGCUUAGUUUUGUCUUCUGUAGUUCUGAAAGUUUUUCUCAGGUUUGUAUGCACUAAUUUCCAUUCAUUUAUAUAUAUAUAUAUAU